AUGAGUAGUGUACUUUGUGAAGAGCAACAAAAGCUUCUUCUCAAUCUCAAAAAAUCUCUCUCUAUGAGAGACAACAUUACCGACAACAUCCCACCAAGAAAGCUCCUCACCCGCCGACAAUCCACCAACACCACCACCGACAUGUUUUCCGAGGAAGAUCCUUAUUCCUCCGACCACUUCCGCAUGUACGAGUUCAAAAUCCGACGCUGCACACGUAGCCGCAGCCACGACUGGACCGACUGUCCCUUCGCUCAUCCCGGCGAAAAAGCUCGCCGUCGCGACCCUCUCCGGUUUCAAUACUCCGGUGAGGUGUGUCCUGAUUACCGCCGCGGAAACUGCGAACGCGGCGACGCGUGUGAAUUCUCUCACGGAGUUUUCGAAUGCUGGUUGCACCCUUCGAGAUACAGAACUGAAGCUUGUAAAGAUGGUAAGAAUUGUAAGCGGAAAAUUUGCUUUUUUGCUCAUACACCCCGUCAACUCAGGGUUUUGCUUUUGCCACCCCCUCCUUCACCACCUCCUCAGAACAACGUUAAAAACUGUUGUUCUUUUUGUCAUUGCUGUUCUAAUUCUUCUUCUUCAUCGCCCACUUCUACUUUGUUGAGUGGACCUUAUUUUUCUUCUUCAAAUUCACCACCUUUGUCACCUUUGUCCAAUUCAAAUCCCAAAGAUGUGCAUGUUCUUAACGAGCUUAUUCGAUCCAUGGAAAGUUUCAAUUUUGGUGGUGAUGAUUCUCCUGCUGGAAAAUACUAUAGUUCAAGUGGUAGUGGCAAGUUUUUGAGGGAAGAACAAAGGAUUAACGUUGUUGAUGAUGAUGUCAGUGCCAACCCAGAUUUUGGGUGGGUGAAUGAGUUGCUCAGGUAG